AUGGCGGAAUGUUCUGAUAGAAAUGAAUCGAGAGAGGGAGAGAUGAGGGAAAUGUGUGGUGAUUUGGGUUUGGUUAAGAAGUUGGUCGAGGAGUGGUGCGGUAAGGUGGAGUUGAAAGAGAAGGGGAUUGAUGAGUGUGUUGCCAAGCUUGAAUUGAAGGAGAAAGAAUUCGAGUCGAGAUUCGGGGAGCUUAGUGUGAUUGAUAAGAGGGUUAAUGAGUGUCUUGACGAUGUUGAGAUGAAGGAAAAGGAGUUGGAUUCAGUUGUGAAGCUGAUACUAGAUGAGAAACUGAAAUUGGAUUGGCAGCAAAUGUCGGUUGAAGAGACCGAGAAGCGGUUGGGUUCGGUGUCGAGUGGACUGGAAAGAAAAGAGAGGGAACUUGAAGUGCAACAACAACAAAUUGGUUCGGUUUACCAAAUGUUUCAGAUGAAAGAGAAUGAACUUGAACAGCAGGCUCAAGAGGUUGAGUUGAAACGCCAGCAAAUUGAGUCACUUUGCCAUCUGUUUCAGAUGAAAGAGGGGCAGCUUGAAAAGCAAGCUCAAGACCUUGAAACGAAACACAAACAAAUUGAAUCAAUGCGCCAUCUGUUUCGGAUGAAACAGGGGCAGCUUGAAAAUCAAGCCAAGGAGCUUAGGUUCAAGCAGCAACAAACUGAUUCAUUCUCUCAAUCACUUAUCAUCAAAGAAAGGGCACUUGAACAGCGGGAAAAAGAGAUUGAACCAAAACAACAACAAAUUGUUUCAGUUUCGCAGACACUUCAGAUGAAAGAGAGGAGACUUGAACAACAGGCGAAAGAGCUUGAGUUGAAACAAAAACAAUUUAUUUCUCAGGUGAAGAUGGUCCAAUCUAGAACUGCCACCGGUCCUUCAUCUGCAACUGAUGAAUUCAGGUCCAUCAUCAAUAUGGAUGGCAGAGGCUUGCAGUUUUUCAUGACUGAACAAUUGAAAGUGAUUGAUUCAAUGCGUACUCAAAUGUCCGCUGCUUUUCAAGUAUCGUCAGACCCAGGAAAUUUGGUUUUGGAUGCAAUGCAAGGAUUUUACCCUUCAAAUUCAAAUCUGGAAAACAAGGACACUGAUUUUGAUCUGAGCUUUAUUAGAAGGAGUUGUAUUCUUCUGUUACAGGAGCUAGAGAGGAUGUCACCUAAAAUUAAUCCUGGGGUGAGAGAAAAAGCACUAAAGUUGGCAGCUCAUUGGAAAUCCAACCUGACAGUGGCCUCUGGUGAUUCGGUGGAGGUCUUGGGAUUUUUGCGGCUUGUAACUGCGUUUGAAUUAUCCUCUGCAUAUGAUGCCAAUGAGCUUCAGAGUCUUCUUUCUCUAGUUUCUCAUCCUGAACAAGCAGCUGAAUUAAGCAGGGCUCUUGGUGUCAAAUAUAAGGAACCUUGUAAGCUCCCUCUGUCUUUAUAA